UUGCAAAACUUCUGCGUAUGAACAUACAACAUCACAUCGUGAAAUAUAUUUGUGCUGCCAUCACUGUCUGUAUGUUUGUGAAUUCUGUAGAUUUUGAGCAGAUAUGUUUAAAUCUUUGGUGAACUUUCAUUGGUCUGUUAAUUUUACUUUGAUGUUGGUGAUUGUCGCAUAUAUCAUUAAGACAGAUGCCUCUUUAGGAAUUGAUUUCUCUGAUCCUAUAAGUGUGGCGUCCCUCGCUUGUUUAAAGGAGAGCGGUUACGAUUUUACUAUUGUAAGAGCUUUUCGUUCAAGUGGUAUUCCUGAUGAAAAUGCUCCUGCCAGUAUACGCAACGCUCGUUUAGCAAACAUAUCUUCAGUCGAAGUCUAUAUGUUUCCAUGCCCAAAAUGUGGUAAUGCCCAAAAACAGGUUGAUGAUAUGUUAAGCUUGAAUCUGAGUGUUGAUAUAAUAUGGAUUGAUGUUGAGAUUUACAAUUGGUUUGCCAGCAAGGCCAAAAAUCGUGAAUUUUUUGAAGAAUUAAUAAAGGCAAGGUUUGGAUCGAAUCGCAUUGGUAUUUAUACAAGUUAUCACAGUUGGGAAACCCUGAUGGGACUUGAUUACACUUUUGGCUCGAGGUUGCCACUUUGGUAUGCUCAUUAUAAUUAUGAAGAAAACUUUGAUGACUUCCGUUCAUUUGGUGGCUGGGUAUAUCCAGUUAUGAAACAAUUUGCUCCAGAUGAGUCUCGUUGCGGAGCUAAUGUCGAUUUGAAUUACAGAGAAUUGUCUGUGCUGAAUUAGAUGUUAUAAGACUUACAGAAUUUCAUAUUUUUUUACAUGGCAUAUAUUAAUUUAACCUCGGAUUUAACAACAUUAGGUAACAGUAUAUAAAUUUUGUUACUUGUUAGACGGACGGUCAAAGUGCUUAUUGGUACUUAUAGAUAUAGUUUUAUUUCAUUUGAUUUGACUUAUUUGUAUUUUUCAUUUCGAGAAAAGUAAUUCGAUAAUUAAUGAAUGAUGUGUGAUAAAACCAAAAAAAAUUAUAAAAGGCAUUAUUGAGAAA